AUGGUUAGAUUCAUAGAUUUUGGAGACCAAGUCCAGAGACGAGGGCAUCCUGGAGUUGGAUUUUAUGCGGUUGAGAUCCAGCCUGCCAAGGAAGUCCCAGAUGAGGAUGAUGAUGAAGCUACCAAGAUUUAUCAGAAAUACUUGGAAGAAUGUCUUACUACCAAAUGCAUCAUUCUCGCUUCUAUGAAUUCUGAACUACAGAGGAAACAUCAGGAUAUGGAUCUAACUGCAAUCAUUGAACAUCUUAAGAAGAAGUUUGGUACACAAAGCAGGACAGCUAGAUACCAGUUAUCUAAGGCUUUAUUUGGAUCCAAAUUGACUGGAAACUCUCCAGUUGGACCCUAUGUCAAUCAUAUGAUUGAUCUCAUUGAAGAACUUGAGAAGUUGGGCUGCAAACUGGGUAAAGAGCUUUCUCAAGAUUUGAUCUUGCAGUCACUAUCAGAAUCCUUUUCACAAUUUGUUAUUAAUCUCAAUAUGAAUAAAAUGGAUUGUGAUCUUCAUGAGAUGCUUAACAUGUUGAUUGAUUAUGAGAAUCAACUUGCAUUCGAGAAGAAGAAAGGAACUGUCAUGUUGGUUGGAAACUCUUCUAAGAAGAAGGGUAAGGGUAAAAGUAAACCCAAAAAAAAGCCUACUGCGCCCAAGGGUAGUGUGACCAAACCCAAAGGCAAAGAAGGCAAAGCUGACCAAUCUGAUGUUGGGUUCCAGAUAAGUAGAAAGUUGAAGAAAGGAGAAAUUAAUCUACAAGUUGAAAAUAAUGCAUAA